CCAAUGUAAGCUGUCUUGAUGCUUUAUUUCCUACGAAAACUUAUCGAAUAAGUAGUUGUUUUAGUAUGUUACGGUUAAAAACGUUGCUGUAAAUGCGACUAUGCGGGUAUAAUAUUCCACCGCCAUGGUGUAUCGAACAUGAUUGAACAAAGAACGAAUCACACAUAUACGCUGGUAUCUUGCCGUGUGCAAUACGUGAAGACGAUAAGCAGAGAAAUUCAAUCGGGUGCAUCAGAAUGAAUGGAGAAGGACCUGAGGCCGGGAUUGAGCAUGUUGUUGGACUCCUGAGAGGAGGAUGGGAAUAUCUGGCCAUGGAUAGGAAAAUACAAACCUCAAAACAGUUUGCCAUGGAUCACCCAGUCGCCACUCUCUUUAUACUUGUUACCGUGGCAAUGUGCUGUAUUCCUAUUUUCUGCUUCAUGGCCUUUGUCUUUGGAAGUAUCGUUCUGACAUUUGCUGGCUUUGUUUUCCUGGAAAGUACUGUGGUGACAUUGGCAGCAGUCGUCCUAGGAGCUGUACUUUUCCUCGUUUCUCUCUUCUCUGUGGGAUUCAGCACUUUCAUCGUACUUGCCUUUUACUUGAUCAGUUUUGGGCACAAUAUGGUGCAGAGUGUGAUCAACAGAUACCAGCAGAUGACUGACCAUGACAAUACAGAGGUCAGCAGUACCAGCAGUGAUACAGAUGGAGUGGGUGAACCCGUGUACGAUGGGAAUGGUUGCCCAAAAAACAGCAAACACUUAAUACACAAUCCCAUUGAAAUCAGAUCAUACAUAAACCUAUCCUAUGUGCUAGAAAUUACCCAAGCUGUUGAGUGGUUGUCAGUAAUUUAGCCAAUCGGAGAUCAGUUUGUGAUUGUCUUUUUCCAGGACUUAUAUCGAUACAGGAUACUGGGGAUUCUUAAGAGGCUGGGUAUUGUUAAAAUGUUACAUCAUUGUUAUUGUACUGGGUUACAUGUGAUCAAAUCAUAAAAAGAAGGAUAAAUGCAGAGUGUUCCUCCUGCCUCAGGCAAGAUACAUGCACUGCACAAUUUAUUUAUACGUUUGGGCCGAAAUCUGCUCACCCUAUGAAAUUCAGACAAUGUGAUAAGUAUGAGCAACUGAUCAAUGCAAUUUCGAAAGAAUGCAAGAAUACACAAAUAGGCUUUGCAGUGCGGAACAAUUAGCAUUUAUCCCCAUUUAAAUUUGACUAUUCUGUUCUUAAUAAAUUAUUGAUAAAUUCAUACUGUACAUUGAUUAGUUACAUUAGUUUUAGUCUGAUACUUGUAUGUAUGUAUGAGUUAUAUCGUGUUCUCUGGAGUGCAUUUGCCAAGACCAAAAUAAAUUUAAUCUAAUUAAUGCUUGUAAAUAUUUGGAGUUAAAACUCACUGAUUUAUUUUGGACAGGUAAAUGAGGAUGUGAUAUUAAACCAGUCUGAAGUUUUCUAAUACAAUUUCACUCUUCAUUUCUUAUUAGUUGAUUUGCAGUCCAUGGAAUUCUGAAAAUGAAUUUCUAAUGUUGUGCCUAAGGGGGAACUCUAAAUAGGCUCAGCUGUGUGUAUGUAGCACUUUGCUAUAUGAUAUUCAUCUUGAAACAGGAUAGUGUGAAAAAAUAAGUGCUUGGUCUUGAUAUAUUGACAGUAGAGUGUUACACAAAUAUAAGCUCAGUGUUUGAUUUAAACAGUGUUCUUUGGAUUUCUGUGGACACCACUGGGAAAGUGUGUUCCAUGUUCUCUGAAUACACUGUACACAACACAAUGGUCUCUUUAUAUCAAACAUGUUUGUCUUUUGUCAAUUUUGCUCUGAGUUGUCAAAAUACGUGUUGGUAUCUACAUGUAGUUAGUGGCCUUAGGGAUUUAUAUGUUCUUAACAGCAACUGAUGUGACUUUUGUGAUGGUUUUUGUAUGUCCUAUUGGUGCAUGGCACGUGUCUUGUGUAUUACUGGGUUAUGAAUAUUCAUUUUAUUACCUACUUGUUCAGUUUGUCUGAAAGCAUGUAAUCUGCAGAUUGGCUUACUAGGGCGACCGCUGAAACUGGUGUAUGUAUAUAUUUAAUGCAUACAUGUAUUUGAUAUCUGUAUGAACCUAUUAACUAUAAACUAUGAAAUGGUCACCUAGUAUGGUUUGCAUUAGACAUUUCCUCUUCUGUCCAUCAUUUCAAGUCACUUACUCUCUUCAUCCUUCUUUCUUCCAGAUAUGUGAAUUGUUUUCCUCUUUUACUGUCAGCAUACACAAUUUAAUUGUUUACAUUUUUUUUACAGGUAAAAUAUGCCACCUUUAAUAGUAAGCAUAUUGUUUGGUUUUUAUGUGCAGUUUUUACCCAGGUCGUGUAACAUAUGUAUUAUACUGGUGUACUUUUUCAACAUGUGCAAAGGUAACUUCUGGAGCAGAUGUCAGUAUCACUAUAGAACUUUUAAGACCUGGGUUCUUGAAAGUAUGGUGUGAAAUAGAAGUCAAUUGUACAAAUAAAAGAAGCUGUGUAGACAGAUUUAAGUCAGACGAGCAAAUUUUAAAAAAAUGUUGAAAUAUAAGACUGCGGUACUAAUGUUUGCAGCCAGUUAAACUUGUUCACAUUAGUAGGACUUGUUUGUUGUUACGUUCUUAUUCUUGUAAAAUGGAAAUAAUUGGUGUUUCUUAUUGAAUUUUUCUGAAUACUGUUUUAUGGACACAUUUGUAGCUUAUGUACAAGUCAGAUUCUGUAUGUAAAGACCUGAGUCUGUUGUUAAAACACUCACUCAUAUCACAGCUACAUACAAUGCUUUUCUUGGGAAUUUUUAGUUCUUUUGUAUAUUUUGAGAUAAAAAGGAAGUGAGGUGAGGUAUUGUGAUGAUGCAGGACAUUGACAAAAAUGUCAGUGUUUGAGUAGACUUUUUUUUGUUUAAUUUGCUGUGUAUGGUUGUAUGUAAUGUGAUGAUUGUGGUUUGUUGUGUUCAAGGUCAGAUGUACACCUCAAAGACUGGGUCACACUUUUGUGUUUCUCAGUCUGUUAACUAGGUGCUAUUAUCUUCAGACUAAGCAGCAAAGAUAAUUUACAGUAAGUGUAUUUGUAUGGCUUUAUUUACAAGUUGCUGGUGUAAGACUGUGUACUUUACUUCAAAGAUCCUCCUGAUAAAAACAGUGCACCGCAAAAAUGUCGUAUUGAGUUCAUGGGAAUGACAAGCAAACUUUGAUGUGGUACACAGUUUUGUAUUAAAUUCAUAUGAAUAAAUGUAAUGAGUGAUGGGUGAAGUGAUUCCAUCAAAUGGAUGCAAUACAACCAUUACCACACAAAUGUUCCAAGAAAGACAGUUCUGGUGUAUUGUGCACUUUGUGCACAUGUUGAACAGGCAAAUAAUAUAAUGCAGUUUUGUUUUUUUUUUUGUAAGCUGUAUUAAACUACUUGUUAUUUUCUGUGAC